AUGCCGUGGACGGACGUUCUAGCGCAGUUGACCGCAGCGGACGAGGCUGCCGCGGAGGGGCAUGCGCCGCGACUGCCACGCACGGGCGCGGAGCUGGCAGGCAUCGUGUCUGUGAUCCUGAAGUCGGGCGGCGACGACGAGUCCACGUUCGCGCAACAGGCUCUCGUGCGCAGGAGGGCGGCCGUGGAUCUCAUUGAGGGGGCGAAGGCUCGCGGGCAUCGCGCGUGCCGGAACGUGGAUAUGGAUGAGGUCCGGAAGAGGGCCAUGGAGUUUCCAGCGGAAGGCGUGCCACCGGAGAUCAUGCGCCUG